AUGCCGGAUAUGAAGUACAUUUUAGUUACUGGCGGCGUCAUUAGCGGUGUCGGAAAAGGUGUUAUUGCAAGUUCCUUCGGCACAAUUUUAAAAAGCUGCGGGAUUGAUGUUACUUCUAUAAAAAUUGAUCCUUAUAUCAAUAUAGACGCUGGUACUUUUUCCCCAUACGAACAUGGUGAAGUUUACGUGCUUGAUGACGGUGGCGAAGUAGACCUUGAUCUUGGCAACUAUGAACGCUUUUUAGAUAUCACGUUGCAUCGAGAUAAUAAUAUCACCACGGGAAAGAUUUAUCAACAGGUCAUUGAAAGAGAAAGGCGUGGUGAUUACCUUGGAAAAACAGUACAGGUUAUACCCCAUAUAACGGAUGCUAUACAAGAAUGGGUGCAAAGGGUUGCACAUAUCCCAGUGACACCGGAGAACACGCCACCAAAGGUGUGCAUUAUAGAAUUAGGAGGAACCAUUGGGGACAUAGAAGGAAUGUCGUUUGUAGAAGCGUUUAGGCAGUUCCAAUUUAGAGUAAAAAGGGAGAAUUUCUGCUGUGCUCAUGUCUCAUUAGUUCCAAUGCCAAAAUCAACAGGUGAACCUAAAACUAAGCCUACACAGUCAUCAGUACGAGAAUUGCGAGGACUUGGUUUAUCACCAGACUUGAUCUUGUGCCGUUCAGAAAAACCAAUAGGCCAUACAGUCAAAGAAAAGAUCUCAAAUUUUUGUCAUGUUGGACCGGAACAGGUUAUUUGCAUUCAUGACUUGAGCUCAGUUUAUCAUGUGCCUCUACUCAUGGAAGCGCAGGGUGUUGUACAGUAUUUGAAUGAAAGGCUUCAGUUAAAUAUGUCUGUGCCCCGGCCUGGAAGAUUUAUGCAGAAAUGGCGUAACCUAGCAAAGAGAGUCGAAAAUUUGCGUAGAGAAGUAAACAUAACACUAGUUGGAAAAUACACAAAAUUGGAAGACAGCUAUGCAAGUGUCACGAAGGCUCUUCAGCACGCAUGCAUCGCUGCCGGUUAUAAGCUCAACUUGACGUACGUAGAAGCGGUUUCUUUGGAAAAGCAGACGAAGAUUGACGAUCCAGUGAGCUAUCAUAAAGCUUGGCAGGAACUCUGUAAAUGCGAUGGCGUAAUAGUCCCGGGUGGAUUCGGCCAAAGAGGAAUGGAGGGCAAAAUCGAAGCAUGUCAGUGGUGUCGAGAAACACAGAAACCUAUGCUGGGCAUCUGCCUGGGCUUGCAGGCCGCAGUCAUAGAGUUCGCUAGGAAUGUUCUGGGACUGAAAGGUGCAAACAGUACCGAGGUGGACCCGCAAUGCGAGGACAAACUUGUCAUAGAUAUGCCUGAGUAUCAUCCCGGUAUUCUCGGCGGGACAAUGAGAUUAGGAAAACGCAAAACCUACUUAGAACCGGGUUUGGUAUCUCAAUUAUACAAAAAAGAUAUAAUAGAGGAGCGUCAUAGGCACCGCUAUGAAGUAAACCCGCAAUACAUUGAGCAGCUGGAAGCGGCGGGUCUGCGUUUUGUUGGCAAAGACGAGAGCAAAACGCGAAUGGAAGUCGCCGUAAUUGAAGGCCACCCAUACUAUGUAACUGUUCAGUUCCAUCCGGAAUACCUCUCAAGGCCGUUGUCACCAAGUCCUUUAUUCCUAGGGUUAAUUCUCGCGUCACUCGGAAAAUUGAAGAGCUACAUGUCUAAAGGAUGCCGUCUUAGUCCCAGGAACCAAUCGGAUGUUAGUUCUGAUGAGGAAGAGCUCUCCGUGUCAUCUCUUAGUUUAAUAGAAGAGAAAACUGUUAUUGAAAAUGGAAAACAUGUAAAUGGUGUUAAGCAUUAA